UGGGCUUAUGCGUCUUCGGCCUCAGAAUCUGGGUUGGGCUACGCAAAUCAACAACGGCUGUUCUUUUUUAUUUCGUCAAGGUUACAUUUAAUUAAAAGCGCCAUUAUUAGUUUCACUAGCAAAAGAAAGCAAGUACUACUAUUCAACUAUGACUUGAAUGCGGAAUCUGGAAACUUAUGGGAACAUGCACAAUAACAACAAAUCCAAGAAGAAUAACUUCCCAUUAAUGACAUUACCUUGAACGUAAAGCAGCGUUGAACAGUUUCAGAUUAGAGAGCAGUUCCCUAAUCCUAUAUCUGGGGAGGUCAUCUUUUUUGUUCAAAUCUCCAGAAGUGAGGAAAAGGAUAUGCCAAACCCAUUGCAGAAAUCGUUGCAUGGUUACCUGUCAAAGAUAAAAAAAGAGACAGGGAAGCUGCAAGUGUCGAACUCGUUCUCAUCAUCCAAGAAGUGGGUGCUUGCUGGCUGUAAGCAUCCCAAGAAGCUCUCCUUCUCCUUCAAACACAGACGACGCCCCAGCAAGACCAGAUUCAACGACGACCACGUUAACCAGGAUCCCGGUCACGCCGCCACCUUGUCCGACAUAGACCGUUUCCUUGAGGAAAACUUCAAAUCCCUCUGCAUCAGAGAUGAGAAGGGGGAGGAGGAUGACAAAAGCAAGGGGAAAAGGGAACAACAGUCCUCCUCCUCAGAUGAAGACGACACUGAUGACUAUAGUCACAGAUUCGAGAGGACAUGGGGACCGGCCGUCUGCGACUCCCCCAAACUGCCUAGGACAGAGAGACUAUCUCCACCGCCUGGAUCAUCGGAGGGUAGGGCCAGCAUGUAUACCACAUCGGAGGAGGGACCUUCGUCGAGGUCCAAAUCAUCCAGCUUGGUGCUACCUGAGAAGUGCAUUGCGGUGCUGAGGUACACUGAAGAGCCCCAGGAGGAUUUCAAGAGGUCGAUGGUGUCGAUGAUGGAGUCCAAGUUAGGAGGGAGCGAGGUGGACUGGGACUUGAUGGAAGAGCUUCUCUUCUGCUAUCUCGAUCUCAACAACAAGAAAUCGCACAAGUUCAUACUCAGCGCAUUCGUAGAUCUCAUCAUCUCUCUCCGUGACAAGGAGAAGAACAUCACCAGGAAAGGCCUCGUCAGGUCGCUCAGUACUCGCGCCGCCAGGGAGAGGCUUAGGAAGAGGAUGGCCUCCAGCGACGCCUUUCGCAACUAACUCAUGCUUUUUUUUUUUUAAGUUUUUCUUUGUUGUAAUUCAAAACGUUCCAUCAACUGAACAAAACAAAAUAAUAAUUACUUUUGU